CUCUGUUUUCAAGGGGAGGGAGGAGCUGCUCUGUUUGUGUUUCUUCAAAGUCCCUGUUUGCGAGGCUAUUCAGAGACGCAAGCCAAAGGACGCAAGCCAAAGGACGCAAGCCAAAGGACGCAAGCUAAGGGGUGCACACCUACAGACGCGAGCAGGUCUUCGAGAUGUCUCUAGGGGUUCUCGCACCGAUUCUUGAAGCGUCUCGAAAAGGGGACGCGGAGACAGUGAAUCGCCUGCUGCAGAAUAAGGCUGACCUGGAAGUGGCCGACCAAGAAGGGCGCCGCCCCCUGCACCUCGCGGCCCUGGGAGGCCACGACCGCGUGGUGAAGGAGCUCCUCCGAGGAGGCGCGGACGCCAGUGUCAGGACGCCCGAAGGUCUCUGCUGCGUCCAUUAUGCUGCACAGGGCGGGCAUAUUAGCACGCUCAUGCUCUUACUGGAAUCCCACUGCGACAUCCAUGCUCUGACGAAGGACGGGUCCACUGCUCUCCACUUGGCAGCUGCGCAUGGCCACUCGUCGGCCGUCAAGUGGCUGGUGGCACAGGCUGGCCUGAGGGUUGCUUCCGCCAACAAAAAACAAGAAACAGCACUUGGCUUGGCUAGAAAGGCGGGACAUAAAGCCGUGGUUCAGUCUUUGCUCCAGGUCCAGAUAUCGGAUAUUCUAGUGGGUGGUGACGUCGGGACCCUGAGCCAGUUGGUGGAAGAAUUUGAUUUGGAUGACUUGUGUGCCAAAGAAAAUGAUAAAGGUUUCCGGUCUGUCCACUACGCUGCAUGUGGAGGAAAUGUUGAAGUGCUGAAGAUCCUUCAAACUAAGGGUUAUGACAUGAACUCUGUGACGAAUCAGGGAUAUUCAGCUUUGCACUAUGCUGUCAAGUACUCUCACCUGGCGGCUGUCAAGUGGCUAGUCAAAAAGGCUGGCCUGGAUGCUACUCUUCUUCCCUGCACCAGAGGUGGUGCCUCCGCCCUGGCGUUGGCCAGACGAAAAGGGCAUGCAGAGAUAGUAACAUUUUUUGAAAGGGUGACUACAGUGAAAUCCCUGGAGUCUGGCGAUCUCGAGGCCCUUAGAGACCUGGUACACGAGGGUGUCAACGUUGAUGCUGUGUGCGAGGGGAAAUUUGGUAUUCCCGUUGCCCACUUCGCUGCUAAGCUGGGGCAUCUCACGUUACUGAAGAACCUCCAAGAGCUCAAGUGUGACGUGAAAGCAGUAGGGGACGCGGGUUUAACAGCCCUCCACUUCGCAGCAAAUUAUGGUCAACUAGAAGCUGUGAAGUGGCUGGUGGACGAGGCUGGGCUGGAUGUUUCCCUUCGGAACAGAGAAGGUCUCACUGCCUUGAGCUACGCAGAGAAAUGCAGUUAUGAAGAAAUAGUGGCCUACUUGAGACAAAGAACUGAUAGAUUUGGCAAAGUAGCCAAGUAG